CGUAACUUACACCUUCAUAAUGCCAAAAUAGAUUAUACUUCAUUAAGAAAAUCUUACCUUCUCAUAAGAUGUGGAAGUGAAAUCAAAGAGGAGAUUCGUACGGAAUCUUCUGCAAUGCACGAAACAACAACAAGCGCGGAACAGCAACCUACAAUCUCAAGCGCAGAACAGCAAACAACAACCUACAAGCGCGUAACAACAGUCUUCCACAAGCGCGGAACAGCAAACAACAGUCUUCUACAAGCCAAACUGC